AUGUUACGGUCUGAGAUUGCAGUCUUCGAUGCUGUUAUGUCCGAGAUAAGGUCCUCAAUGUUUGUAAAUGUGUCUUGGGUGUUCCUAGUCUGCAUCACCAGUGCCAGCAUCACCAGUACCAGCAUCACCAGUACUAUCACCAGUACCAGCAUCACCAGUGCCAGCAUCACCAGUGCCAGCAUCACCAGUACUAUUACCAAAACCAGCAUCACCAGUGCCAGCAUCACCACAUCCAGUACUAACAUCACCAGUACCAGCAUCACCAGUACUAGCAUCACCAGUACCAGCAUCACCAGUACUAUCAUCACCAGUACCAGCAUCACCAGUACCAGCAUCACCAGUACCAGCAUCACCAGUACCAGCAUCACCAGUACCAGCAUCACCACAUCACAGUACCAGCUCACAUACCACACCAGUACCAGUAUCACCAGUACCAGCAUCACCAGUACCAGCAUCACCAGUACCAUCACCAGUACCAGCAUCACCAGUACCAUCAUCACCAGUACCAGCAUCACCAGUACCAGCAUCACCAGUACCAGCAUCACCAGUACCAGCAUCACCAGUACCAGCAUCACCAGUACCAGCUUAAUACACUCAGUGCCUUAA